GACUCGUCUUCGCGUUUCCCCAGGCGGCGGUGGCGGCGGUGGUGUCUUCUUUUUCUUUUUUUCGUUUUUCUCUCGCUUUGUGCGCUCAAGGCAGAUGAUUGUCGACAGCGGCAUAGACAGCGGUGUGAUAAGAUGCGUGGAAGUAGUGUGGUAGUGUUCCCUUUGUACAACUCCCGGUUUUAAUGUUGCGGUUGAUUUGGUUGAUUAUGUUCCACUGGUUCCACCUGUGAGCGUUCUGACCAACGAAUGAGCGUGCGUGGUUGACGCUGUUGAGAUUUUUGUCUUCCAUUAGCAUCCUACUCGUUUUUAGGCACACCCACAUCUCGCAAAGAAUGGAUGAAGGGAAUUGCUUCGUGCUCCUCUCUCUCAUCGAAGACAACGUCGACCACUUCGAGGGCGUGCAGACUGAGUACGGGCAACGCUUCUCGCAGCAGUUCAGCGAUCUCCACGAUGCGGUCACGCAACUCCGUGGCGACUGCAUCCUGAUCGGCGCAAAAGUUCACCUAUACGACUUCGACGUAGAGACGCCCGGCAACGGGUACCGGACGUCGCUGACCAUCGUGAACAGGUUUCUACCGGUCUGCAUCAAGCUGUGCCGGCAUGUCAUCUCCAGCCGUGCUUCCAUGUUCUUCCGAACAGACUUUUACCACCGAGAGCUGGACGCCCACCUGAGUGUUGUGGCCGGCAUGCAAGUGAGCGCCCAGUUCCUCCUCCGGAUGCUGGACGCCGGCCCUCGCGGCGACCUGUUUGUCAGCGAGAAAGUGAGCAUCCGUGAGCUGCUCGAGGAGUACGGCACGCUCCCGCAGGUCGGCUUCUACGGACGAUUGGCCGGGUUUUACUUCUGCGAGUCAAUGCGUCGCAUCAUCACGGGACUCAAUGUGGUGAUGGCCUCGUUCAGUGACCAGUACCUCCAAUCCGGAGGUGCGCUAGCGCAUGCCGCAGCCUCCCUUAUCAACUGUGGGAAGUAUGCCCUGAACCCCGAGGCCCGUGCCAGCCACAUUGUGGACGUCACCCAGAACGCAUCUCUGGACUUCCUGAAGGCCUUCUGGAGCCUCAACGAGGGGGACCUUCUUCGGAAAGUGCCGCAGUGGCUAUGCCCUUCGCUAGAAGUGGUGGAGGUGUUGAAUGUGCCGGCGGAGCAACAAACUCUCUUGGCCGAGGACGGUGUAACUGUGGUCAACAUUCCCAUUCCCUCGUCUCACAAGCCCAUGUCCCCCGUCCGCUGCAGGCUUCUCUCCUAUCACCAGCGCAAGGGACAGGAAUCUCUGACAGGAAAAAAAUGGCUGUCAAACCCGUUGCCAGCGUCCAAUGGGCUUCUGCUGCACUGCCACGGGGGAGGAUUCGUAUCCCAAACGCCAGACUCUCACGAGAUUUACCUCAGGGACUGGGCAAAGGACUUGGACGUUCCCAUUCUGACAGUGGACUACUCGCUGUCACCCGAAGCCCCGUUUCCUCGUGCCUUGGAAGAGGUCCUCCACGUCUAUGCCUGGGCACUUUGUAACUGCGAAAAACUAGGGUGGACCGGUCGAGACAUCUGCGUGGCAGGCGACAGCGCCGGUGGAAACCUGGUCCUGGCACUCAGCCUCAAGACAAUAGACCUGAAUAUUCGGCGUCCGACAGGGGUGUUUGCUGCCUACACCCCCGUCAUGCUCAACAUGAUGCCCUCUCCCUCGAGAAUACUCUGCGCCGUGGACCCUCUUCUACCUCUGGGGUUCAUGCUUACCUGCCUGCACGCUUACAUUGGCCGCUUGAACGAAGAUGAGAGUCCACUGGUCUCCCCCAGCUUUGGAACCAAGAGCCCUCCCCUCUCUCCGGACAGCGGGGUACUUCUUGUUUCAAGCCCUUCUGCUGAAUCUCAGUGUCCAGAGGGAUUUCAGGACUCACUGGAAACAUCAGUACCCGACAAGAGCCUACAACCAGAAGAGAAGUCGACCACUAUCCAGGCGCCCAGGCCAAAGCAACCUCUGGCCAGGACCAAGAAUGUGCUUCAGUUGGAAGCUUCCGGCGAACUCCCAACUCAGUUCCUGACGCGCUUCACGUCUAGCUGCGACGACGCCAUUGCAGCUUACGCCGACGAAGGUCGGCGAGAGGACUACAUGGUCCUGGAAAUGCCGACGGACCUCUCGUUUGCGCUGCGGCACCGCUGUUGCCAGACAACAUCGCGAUGGCUACAGGCUCUACUGGCUAUAAUCGGUGACAAUCGGUUCUAUCAGAAGCACAUUGUGGCCAACUGGGAGCUGCUCUGCGGACAGAAGGGCAGGAAGAGGCAGGGCUUGACCGUGCCCUGGUUCAGGCGUCCCUCGAGGCUGGACAGGAAGUUCCAGACGAUGAAGAUCUUGUCCAGCAACCCAUUCAUCUCCCCCUACCUGGCCCCUGAGUGGAUGUUGCAGAACAUGCCACCGUGCUACUUCGUGGGGCUGCACCUGGAUCCAACGCUUGAUGACCUGGUGAUGUUCUCCAAGAGAUUGAAGACUGCCGAGCGUUUUGUGCACCUCGAGAUUCUGGACUACCUCCCACAUGCCUUCCUCAACUUCCUGCCAUUCAGCAAGGAAGCCCACGAAGGCUCCAAAGUCUGCAUCAGACUGAUCAAGCAGUCCUUCGGCAUUAGCCCUUAAUCACACGUUUGUGCAUGCCCUGGCCUUUUCAUGUGCCUAGCCAGUUUGUUGCACCUUUGUACAUUUUGGGGGACCAUAACUUAUUGCAAUCUCAAUAGAGACCAUACAGAGCUUUUUUAGGAUGUUAGAGAAUUGUAGUUAAAACUUGUUUUUUGGUUGACAUGAUCAUUAUUUGACAUUUCAACUUUUACUGUACAUCUUACUGAGGCUUCUACAGGACUUACCAUUCUUGGGAAGUAGAAGAAAUGUGAAUUUUUCUGAAGCUGAUUUUAUACUAUUUAUGUCCAAACGCUGUGUUUUUCUCUUUACAUUCAUUUAUUUCUCAGGAACAAUUGUAACACUUUUAUUUCAUUUCAAUUGCCUAAGUGCUAUUCUAUCAGCUUACAAUGUAUCAAAGAAAGUCUUAAAUAUCCUGACAAAGAAGAUUUGUUUCUUCCAGGCCAUUUUCAUAAUCUAGCUUGAAAACACCUGAAUCUUGCCCUCAGACAUAAAGGGAGCGAAGGCAUCUUGUGUUAAGUCCACUUCUUUUGGUGCGUAAAUUGUAUUUGUCCUGAUGACCGGUGGUGUUAUGCAUGUUUUGAUAUAUGUAAAGGUAGUUAGAGUUAUAUUGCUCUUUAUCACAAGCUGUUUACCUGUUUAUGUUUCAAAAGAUAUCAAAGGGACCUUAAAAUGAUUUUGGGAGAUUUAAAAGGUUAAAAGCACACAAGACAAGGACGAAGAAGAAAAGACAGACAGGUGCCAGCAUUUCUUUAGCACCUGUCUUUUUUUUUUUUUUUAAUUCUGGGCAGUGUUUUAGAAAAUAAAUAAAUCAUUCAAAUUUUUA